ACGGCGCAGUCACUGUUUAGAAGUUGACCUGUGCGGAACGCGCUACCAGACGGCAGAAAACUACCAAACGAAUCUUUGAUACUGGUAUUAAGGCAGCAUACCCGGCAGUGAGGAGGAAACCGUGAGGAGACACGUGGUAACAGUGGAAAAGCCUAGAGCAAAAAGGAAUAAACCAUAAACGGAAGAGAGGCUUUUCGUCCUGACCGGCAAUCGAGCAGAGAGAAAGGCACGAAGAGCGGCUUUUGACGGUUAACAGGAUAAAGUUUUCCGCAGCUAAUGUGUGCCCCGCCCUGAGUUUUUACGCAGAGUUGGAAGCUGAAAGUUUUCUCGCUUUGUGAUAGUGUUUUUCGUGCAAAACUGUUUCUGUGUAAGCUCUUUUGGAAUACAGAACAAGUAAAUUUAGGAAUUGAGUUGUAUCUCCACCAAAAUCAGUGAUAUAUUGUGAUAGUGUGGAAUCCAACAUUUUCGACAAAUUGCACUCGGCAAUAGAAAAAAAAAAGUAUUAUUCAUACAGUGAGAGCGAGAGAUUCUCGUUUUUGGGGAGCAUACUUGUCGAUUGAUCCUGUCUGGCUCAGUUGUACCGCAGUCGUCGACGAACCUUAACGCGAAUUCGAAAGGAAACUUCGUGGUGAAAAAUCAGAAAAGUGCACGAGACAGGCAAGCUGUCAAGCAAAUAGUGAAGGAUACCCAACUAACUCGAGUGGUAAAUUAGUAAUUUUUUCUCCGGAAUUCAAUCAGUUUUCCCAGACUUCAGAAGCCAAAAUGUUGAUUGGAUUAGUCCGAGAUUCGGUUAUGCAGUGCUUCUGCCACACGUGCCGAGCACCCAUUCUACCGGCAGUCAACCGUCGGUCAGCGCCCACAAAGAAACCGACCAAAACGCGCACCAAGCAACCAAAAGCGUCCAAGAAGGUGAAAUUCAUCACAACCGAAAUCCGAUGCCAAGAAAAAUCCAAGGGCGGUCUGUGCUACGAGGUGAUUCUGGCCGAGCCAGCCGUAAACGUGACCCUACCGAAACUGCCAGUGACGCCUGGCAAGGCCGUGUCCGCCGAGGAAAUCGAAGAGAAGCUAAAAGCCGCCGAGGAACGGCGUCUAUCCCUGGAGGCUAAGAAGAUGGCCGACUGGUCGGCCAAGAUGGCCAAAAUCGAAGAGGCCACUCGCAAGAAAGACGAAAUGGACAAAAUCUUCAAGACACACGCCAAGGAACUGCUGGACACCAAAAUGGAACAGUACGAGGAGAAGCGAGAGCAGCAGAUUUCGGAAAUCAAAGAGAAGUUGAAGAUGCACGCCGCCGAAAUUGAAAAGACGCGACACAGCCUGGAGCACACGAAAUCGGAAGAGCUGAAGAUCCAGCUGGAGGACAAACUUCGGACUGCGGCCACGUUGCGUGACGAUAAGAUCAAGAAAAUUCUGGACCGACUGAAGGAACACAACACUGACAAGCUGAACGAAGUGCGAGCCACCGUGGAUCUGCUCGAGUCGCAGAAAUCCGAAGAGAAGACCCGCAUUAUCGAGAACAAAUUGUCCACCGCCGAGCAGAACCGCGAGAAGGAACUCCAGAAGAAGCUGGAAACCAUUCGCAAACACGAACGACGUGCGGAAAUUGUACGCCAGAACAAGGCAGCCCUUGCCACACAGAAGAAUGACGACACCAGUGUCACCGCAUCGUCUGGUUAAGGAUCCACUAGAGCCAUCGUACGAGCUUCCUUCUUUACCCCCCCUCUCUCUUUCUUCAACAUACCUACCAUUUAAAUUACACAAGAUUGCACCGCUCGUCCCCCUCUUUUGUCCCCUAAGUAGUGCUACCAAUAAUAAUGAUGAGUCAAACGCAUAAAAAUGAAACCUAAAUGGCUCACGGCAAGCGUAAAACGUGAAAUCACACUAAGGACACAACAAACUUAGAACAUCAAAGAGUUCAAUCACAAAUCGAGUUAAAUAUCUAGAGAAAUACAAAGAAACGUUACAAAAAAAACUAAUAACAAAGUAUUAAAUUGCAAGACAGCAAGCAAAGAAAACAAGAGAAUUGAUAUCAGCAGCGUGCCAGCAAGCAAGCCAGCAAAUCAGCAGCAAGCCGAAAAGCCAACAAGAACAAAAAAACUGUUUAUUGAUUGAUCUAGCCAUUUGAAGUACCGCGUGCAACCAAAAGAAGAUAGAUAGAUACAAAUAAACGGUAUUACAAAUGAAAACAAAAAACUCCUUCAAAAGGGGACCUAUAAUCGCUAAUUGAAAUGAAUUUAAAUAAAAAACGCGAAAGCUACUUUUUUGAAACAGUUACAAAAGAAGGGUUUGCACACUGAUUCAGUCUGCUGUUUAGGUAGUAGAAGCACAACCAGUGGAAGAGAUUGUAGAAUACAAAAUCAAACGACAGGUUAAUCUCUUGCACACACAAACACCACUAUCACAGAAGAAGGCAAAAUAGAAGAAACAAAUAAGAUAAUAAUAUUCAAACUGCGACACUUGAGUUCUUUUCUAUAAUCCCCAAUAAUGAAGCAAAAGACGUGGAAGCGUUUGAAUAAGUGUAAAUCCAAUGUAUCUCUCCUCUCCAUAUAACCUGGCAAUUCUCUUUAGAACACAUAUAAUCAAUGAACUCGUGGGGAUACAAAACUGAUGUUAAAUCUACAGAAACAGUUACUUUUGUCUUAAUUGUACAAACCGUGAAAAGGGCGAGUCGAGUGCAGAGUUUUUCAUUUUCCAACUGAUAGAAUUUGCGUUUGGAAGCGACAAUAGAUUUUGGUUGAAAUACAUAGAAAAAUAGACCGUAGAUAGCUCUCAGAACCAAAAAAAAAAAA